AUGAUACUAUAUUUGUUUUUGUGUCACCAGUUCUUGUCUGAAGAUCAGCUCUUGUCUGUCACCAGUUUGGAUGCCGUGGUGUUUAUGCGCAUUUUCAUCUUCAGUUUGAAGGUGUUUGGGUUUGGUGGGAUUAUUGGGGUUUUUGUUCUUCUGCCAAUAAAUUUUCUGGGGACCCAGCUGGAGGUGGAUUUUUCGGAUUUGCCCAACAAGUCUUUGGACUCGUUUAGUAUUUCGAAUGUGGAUGAUGGCUCAAACUGGUUAUGGGUUCAUUUUUGUGCAGCAUAUAUUUUCAGUGCAGUCGUCUGCUAUCUUCUUUACAAUGAGUACAGUUAUAUCUCAUCAAGAAGAAUUGCUCACUUCUAUUCAUCCAAACCUCAGCCUAAUCAGUUCACAGUAUUGGUUCGUGCAGCUGCAGUGAAACCGUUGAAAAAUUCUUUACAGAAUAUUACUCAUAUACUUAUCUUUCACACUCGUUGGUUCGUCGAACUAGCAAACUCCAACGUCUCACUAGGCCAUGAGUUCAAAAACGAGGGUUUUGGUCCUGGCACAGUUAUUUUAUGUGAUCAGGUUCUUACUGAGGGUAAACAAAAAGAUGUACUUAAAGCUGCCGGUGCAUUGUUUUCACAUAUUUGUGAGGUUUAGGCAAGGUUAAUGUGCAUCACAUUUAUGGACAAGCUAGUAUCGUGGGGGUUAAUGUUGGGAUAGAAUGACUUUGUUGGAUAUAUGGAUGAAUGUA